AUGUUAAUAUUCUUAUUUGUAUUAACUUUUUUACGAUUAACCGUUGGAAUAGGUGUAUGUACAUUUGAUCGACCUUUAUUGGGUGAAUAUUAUUCAUAUGAAAAUGGCCUUGAAACUCAUACAUCAUUUAAAGAAAAUGGAGAUAUUGAUAGACUUUUUUAUCGUCGUGAAUCAGGUGCUGGUGCAACUAGAAAAGAUAGUGGAGGUCUUUUAGUUAGUAAAGAUAUUGGUGAAUGUUUUCAAUUAACUCUUAAACGAAAUUAUUAUGAACUUAUUUAUCGUGACAAAUCUCAAUCUUGUUUUCAAUGUUAUCAAAUGUUUAAUCGAACAAAAAAUAUAAUUCAAAUACGAAUAAGUUCAUGUGAAGCAAUAACUUCUUUAAUAACAAAUCAAAUGAAUUUUGAUGAAUUGUGUCGAACUAUUGAUGAACGAAGUGAAUUUAUAACACUUUUUUCAAAAAGCUAUACAGCGGAAGAAUGUCGUCGAACAAUCUAUGGAACAUAUCAUUUUACAUACGAAUUUCGUGAAGGUGGUAUUGGCAUUUGUGAUAAUCCAACCUCACGUUUAAUAUCUUGUCCUGAUCCUGGAACUCCAUUUGAAGCAAUAAAUCAACGUUUUAGAAUGGUAUAUGGAUAUUGUAAACAUUUGACAUCUUCGUUUGAUGCUGAUCAAUUAAAUCAAUGUCUUGGUUCAUGGAUAACUAAUGAUGGAAAUAUAAUAACUGCCAUUGCUAAUGAACGUGUUGGAUCAGAACGUUGGUAUGAUAAAUUUCGUUGUAUGUUAUCACGAAAAGAUCAACCACAAUGGUUUGCCAAAUCUUUAUUUGCUGAAUGUUCUUCUUUAUCAAGUCCAACAGAUGGACCAGAAAAAGUUAUUAUUACACCUAUCAUUCCAGAAGAACCAACAGCAUCAUGUUAUUUUCCAAGCAAUUUAACAGGUCAAUGGAUAAAUACCGCAAAUGUAAAUGCUCGUGUAUUGAUAAAUGCAACACAUAUACAUGAAAUAGCCAAAGUUAAUAAUCGUGGUUGGCUAAGAGAAACUUAUUAUGUUUGUCAACAAACAUCUCGUAGUCAAUAUUUAGUUAAAUCUGUUACCAAAGGAGAAUGUUUUUCAUAUUAUAUUUGUUUCGAUUUUAAAGAUCGUCAUCAUAAUAUACUAAGAUAUAGAAAAUCAAAAUCAUUUAUGUCGAAUUUAUAUAAUUUAUUUCCAAAUCGUGAUCCUUUUUAUGAAGUUUGUUCAUGGGCAAGUUUUGGUAAUGAUGCCAAUUGGAAAUAUCAAGUUUUUGUUUUGGAUCCUCCAGCUCCUAUUGAAUGUCCAUUUACUGGUAUGUGGACAUUUAAACAAGUUGGUCAACCUAAUUCAUUAAUUCAAACAAGAAUUCGUGGUGGUAUAACACCUCGACCACGUGAUCAUGGUUGGUAUAUAACAUGUGAUCCACAAUAUAUGGUAUCACAAUGGACAAUAUGUGGUGAUCAAACAAAAUCCAUGUUUGCUGAUCGUGAAUAUUGUCGACAAUUAGAUCCAUAUGGAACACCCAUUGGUGUUUAUGAACAACCAGAUUAUAUAUAUCAAUGUGCUGGUUAUUGGAGAGAAGAUUCUCGAUCAAUGAUGGUUACAUAUGAUCGUGAUGAUCCUUAUAAUAAUUAUAAAUGUUGGGUUUAUGAAAGAAGAGAUUUAACAACGAUAACAUUAUCAAGAUCAGCUGGUUCAGCUUGUGGUUUUAAUCAAACAUCUGAAAGUUAUAAAUCGGAUGAUGGUGCUGAUCUUGCUGUAACACUUAUUGAAGCUGAAAGAAUUCAUGAUGAUUGUCCAAUUCGUUAUGAUGAUGGUCGAAAUGUAUUUAUUGAUUUAGAAGAAUUUCAUUUUUACUAUGCCAAAUCUUCAAUGAUUUAUCUGAGCAAAUUAAAAAGUCAAAUAUUGUGUACAUUCGAUCGUCCAUUAUUGGGUGAAUAUUAUUCGUAUGAAAAUGGUCUUGAAACUCAUACAUCAUUAAAAGAAAAUGGAGAUAUUGAUAGACUUUUUUAUCGUCGAGAAUCAGGCCGUGGUGCUACUGCUAAUAUAAUAACAGUUCUUGAUAAUCAUGCUAUGGGAGAAUGUUUUAAUCUCAUUUGGAGAGAAAAUCCGUUUGAUCAUGUUUCAAAACAUCAUUUUGAACUUAUUUAUAGAGAUAAGGAAAAAUCAUGUUAUCAAUGUUAUCAACUAUAUAAUCGAACACGAAAUAUUCUUCAAAUAAGAAAAAGUGAAUGUAAUGAAAUAACAUCAAUUGUAACAAAUCAAAUGAAUUUUCAAGAUCUUUGUGCAAGUAUUAAUCUAGAUGCUGAUUUUGAUACAUUAUUUUCAAAAACAUAUUCAGCUGAAGAAUGUCGUGCAACAAUAUAUGGAACAUAUCAUUUUACAUAUGAAUUUCGUGAAGGUGGUAUUGGUAUAUGUGAUAAUCCAAUAUCACGUUUAGUAUCAUGUCCUGAUCCUGGAACUCCAUUUGAAGCUGUUAAUGAACGUUUUUGGAUGACAUAUGGUUAUUGUCGAGAUCUUGUUUCAUCCAUUGAUGCACAACCACUUUAUCAAUGUUUGGGUUAUUGGAUUAAUGAUAAAGGUGAUGUAUUUACUGGUAUUGCUAAUGAACGUGUUGGAUCAGAACGUUGGUAUGAUAAAUUUCGUUGUAUGUUAACACGUCAAGAUCAACCCCAAUGGUUUGCUAAAUCUUUAUUUGCUGAAUGUGCUCGACUUUAUUCACCAACUGAUGGACCAGAAAAAGUUAUUAUAACACCUAUUAUUCCGGAAGUUCCAACACCAACUUGUUUUUUCCCAGAUAAUUUUACUGGAGAAUGGGUUAAUACAGCUAAUGUUAAUGCACGAACAAUAAUUAAUGCAACACAUAUACAUGAAAUAUCACAAGUUAAUAAUCGUGGUUGGCUAAGAGAAACUUAUUAUGUUUGUCAACAAAUAAGUCGACAACAAUAUUUAGUUAAAACAGUGACAAAAGGAGAAUGUUUUUCAUAUUAUAUUUGUUUCGAUUUUAAAGAUCGUCAUCAUAAUAUACUAAGAUAUAGAAAAUCAAAAUCAUUUAUGACAAAUGUUUAUGACGAUUUAUCAAAACGAGAUCCACUUUAUGAAGUAUGUUCAUGGAUUAGUUUUGGUAAUGAUGCCAAUUGGAAAUAUCAAGUUUUCGUUUUGGAUCCUCCAGCUCCUAUUGAAUGUCCAUUUACUGGUAUGUGGACAUUUAAACAAGUUGGACAACCUAAUUCAUUAAUUCAAACAAGAAUUCGUGGUGGUAUAACACCUCGACCACGUGAUCAUGGUUGGUAUAUAACAUGUGAUCCACAAUAUAUGGUAUCACAAUGGACAAUAUGUGGUGAUCAAACAAAAUCGAUGUUUGCUGAUCGUGAAUAUUGUCGACAAUUAGAUCCAUAUGGAACACCCAUUGGUGUUUAUGAACAACCAGAUUAUAUAUAUCAAUGUGCUGGUUAUUGGAGAGAAGAUUCUCGAUCUUAUUUAAUAACCUAUGAUCGUGAUGAUCCAUAUAUUAAUUUUAAAUGUUGGGUUUAUGAAAGAAUUGAUUUAUUUAAAAUAUAUCUUUCACGAUCAGCUGGAUCAUUUUGUGGUUUUAAUCAAACAUCUCAAAGUUAUGAAGCACAAGAUGGAGCUGAUCUUAAAAUUGAACUUGACGAAGCUGAGCGAAUUCAUGAUGAUUGUCCAAUUCGUUAUGAUGACGGUAAAAAUCCAUGGCAAAUUGUUGACGAAUUUUUAUUUUAUUAUGCAUCAGCAAGGCAAAUAAUGCCGUCCUUAUUUCUUUAUAUUUUUCUCAUAAUAUUAUUUCUAAUUUUUUUUUAA